AUGAAUUUUCUAAAAAAAAGACAAACAUCGUCUAAAUCAAAUUCAACAAAAACAACAAUAAGUGUAUUUUCUUUUUCAAAUAAAUCAAAUAAAUCAUCAUCAUCAUUUAUGAAAUUUUUAAAAUUUAGGAAAAAGGAUCCUAAAAUUAUUUCUAAAAAUUCAUUAUUUAAUAUAACAAUAAAUAUUACUGAUAUUUUUGGUAUAGGAAUCUUAUUUACAACAAUAUCAACUUUAUUAAAUAAACAUUUUGAAUUUCUUUCACAACAACCUAAUUUUAUUAGAUGGUUUAUAAUAAUUUGGGAAAUGAUAAUUAUAUCUUUAUGUAUAUUAUAUUUUGGGAAAAUACUUGAUGUUAUAUCGAUUAUAAUUAGAUUGGCAGAUGAUGGAAUUAGGAUUAUAAUAAGCAUUUUAAGUUUACCAUUUAAGAUAACUUUUAAUUUAUAG